UUUCGUUCGUUCACAAUCAAAUGUGAUGCAUACGAAAGGUGCUUCGGUAACGCAAUGGCCCCACGGAAUAGCAGAGAAUGGCCAGAAACCGCCAGGCCAGCCAAGUGUAGGAGAUCCAAUGCCGUUAUAUAACUAAGUGCAGUGCGCUCGUUGUAUAUAUAUACAUAUGUAUGUAUGUAUGUAUGGAAGUAGAUGUAUUAUAUAAUGAGAACAAUUUUUAGAAUUUAACUCGUUGUGUUUGCAUUUUGUUGUUGUCACAGUUUAUUUAUACACUGACAUAUGUUUGUCUACAAAUAAAUGUACAAUACUAAGGCACACUCACUCAUUAGGAAAUCAGCAGCGAAAGUGAUCUUAACGAGAAUUGGAAUACAACUGAAACAUGCAUGCUAUAAUUUUGUUGUAUUUGUAAUCGGAAUUUUAUAUGGACGCAAUGCCAGCCGGCUAAUGCGUAGUAGAAGCAAUCGGCUGGUGGCAGGCUGGUGACGAGGCGGCGCAUAACCCACAGGCACCUAUUUACAUACAUACAUACAUCUGUAUAUGCACGAGUAUGUACAUACAAAAAAAACAUUCGUAAGUAGCUUUGACAGCAGCGCGGAUAUUCGUCGGAUUAAUUUCUGAUCAUAAAAUGAGGAGAGCAGAGAAGUUGGAGGUCGGCCUGAGACGUUAUGCAUUCAUCUAAUGUGCAUUCGUACUUAUGUAUCUGUUGUGACAAUCUGCUGUUUGCUGAUGUCGAGGAUGACGCGAACGUUGAGGAUGAUGUUGAUAAUGUUGCAACAGCAGCUUUGCCACCAGUAGCUGCCACACGUUCGAUGCUAACAACUCAUUACGCCACGGCCAAGCCGAUUGCAGCAACAACACCGUCACCAACUGCAGUCCGCAGCACUCCACCUGGCAACUGCAUCGAACAGCGCUUACCCGCCUUUAAGGCGCAUCACAGCGAUAAUGCAGCGACAACAGCGAAUGUGCAAGCGGUAUUGCUGCAAAAUCAAGUGAACACAUUGCAGUGGCAAUUGAAGCAGGUCGAAACCAGUAAUGAAAUGUAUCGCGCUGUCAUUGAAGAGAUCGCACGCUUCCUUGAUCGCUAUCAAACGCAAAAACAGCUACAGCGCCAACUCCAACAGCAACAACAGAUAUCCCGUUCCAAGAGUCUCUACCAAGUUUAUGAUGGCAGCAGCAAUUGCGAAGGUCAUGAACAAAACACCAGCGGCAACAGCACUUUCAGUGGUAAAUCAACAGCAACUUCGUCUUGCUUGCGCACGCGCAGCAGCAGCAAUCUGAUCGUGGACCUCAAGCAGUCAGCCAUACAAAAUGGCAAUGUGAAAUCAAACAGUGCCAACGGCGAACAUAGUACACUGGCAACAUCGGCAGCAGAUAAGCGUAGUUAUGAUGCCAUCAACACGUCGGCCAACAAUUCAUACACUGCAUUCAAGGACUUUACUUGGCGCCGCUCGCCCAAGAAGUAUGCCGAAUCGAAGGCCCAAGCCGCCGCCGAUGAUGUCGAGGAAAAGCUUAACCAGGAAGCUUUCCGGCUUUCGCGCACGAUACACAAUCUGCUAAACACAUCCACACGUCAACCGGACUUAACGCAGCAUCGUAGCUCUCUAACGGCCCAUACCCAUGGCGUGCACAGCAAAGUGUUGAAGACACCUGCACCGUCUCCAGCAGCCACAAUCCCAACACUCAUUGCGCCGGCUGCUCAAAGCAACGCUACCAGCAAGAAACACAGCGCCGCUGACGCCACGAACAAAUGCAAUAGUCGCGUUCAUCCCGCUGCUAACUCGCUUGCCAAUGCCACUGCCGAAAUGCUCUUCUUGCGCGCUAAUAAUAUACGCGACUCACGCUUAUCGCUGCGCAGCUCCACCGACAGCUCUGUACAUUCUACCACCUCCAAUUCGUCGGCAGUAUCAUCUUCCUCGUCGUCGGCGUCGUCGUCAGCGGCAUCCACAUCUUCCAGCAAGGUGGAGACAGACGAGGAUGUUACGUUAAAUCACCCAUUUCAUGCGAUGGCAUUGCCAUUCAAGCAGCUCCAACAUCCACUGGGCUCAGCCACCGAAGAUGAGAGUGGCUUCAGUUCGAUCAGCUCAUUCCAGGAUAUAGGUGUGCCGUUAUGCUCCACAAUGAUAUCGAAUGGCACUUCUACACCGAAUCGUUUGUCGUUAGCGAGCGUAAAAUUUGAUACCGCCAGCUUGGGUAAUGCUAAUGGCGGCAUUGCUGUUAGUAUAAGUGGCGACAUGGAGGCCGGCGAAUUCGCCGGUGAUAGCCGCAAUUCCACCCUUAAAGCCAACCAUCCCAGCAAUGUGCUCGGCGUGCCGUUGCAAGCCACACACGAUAUGCAACACCGCUGGGACACGACAACAACAACUACAAAAACAAGUUACCGCAGCGCCAAUACGUACCAGCGUUUCUCCACGCUGUCCAAUGAGGAUGCGUCCGCUGUGCUUUGGGUAUAGGUGAGCGCCUAUCGGCACCCCAAAUCGCCGCAUCUCUACUUUGUGCAUUUAACUUCUUAAUUAAAUGUUUCUUUUAGUAAAGAAAUCAAGCAAAAAUCUUCGAAUUUGAUUUGGUUUGUCAAGUUUUAAGUUCAGUUUUAAUUGAAAAUUUUAGUGCGAACAACGCUUUGUAAUAAUUAGUACUAUUAGAGGAUGGUACACAGCAGUGCCUUUUAAUAUGUUAAAAACGUAUUUUAAUAUUAAAUGUUAAUUUUAGAAGCUACAUUCAUACAUACAACACAUACA